GGGUCCUGAGAUCCUGCUGGGCCGGUUCUGCCAGGGUGGGGCCAGUUCGCAGGCAGGGCCCCUGACAGCUGCCUCCUGCCUCUGGGCCUGUGGGUGCUGCCAGCUGGGCCCUGGCACUUGCACACGUGGCUCCACAGCCCCAGCCAGGGAGAGUGGGGGGGCUGCCUGGCACCAUGACCAGCAUCAAGAGGCAGGACCAGGCCUGGAUCCCCAAACUCUUCAAGAAGAAAACCUGCACAUCAUUUGUGGAGGCACCUCCAGCCCCAGGAGCCCCUUCCAUGUGCCAGUGUGGGAACCCCAGGGACAAGCACGUCUCGGUGGCUGUGGAAGAUGCCUUUGGCGCCUCCAUUGUCAGCAAAUGGGACUCAGCUCAACACACCACAGAACAGCCCACUGACGCCUAUGGAGAGGUGGAGUUCAUGGGCACCUGGGGCAAGCCCAGCAAGUUCAUCCGCGUGUCAGACUCCACGGACCCUGCAGCCGCCUACAGCUUGGUAACCUGCUGCUGGAAGAUCCCCCCUCCCAACCUGGUGGUGUCAGUGGUGGGGGGUGACAGUGACAUUGCCAUCCGGACCCAGCUGAAGGACAUGCUGCGCAAGGGGUUGGUCAAGGCAGCACAGAGCACAGGUGCCUGGAUCAUGACCGGGGGGCUUCAGGCUGGGAUUGGGCGCUAUGUGGGGGAGGCCGUGCGGGAUCAUGCCACAGCCAGCACCAGCCCCAGUGCCCGUGUUGUGGCCAUGGGCAUCGCCCCCUGGGGCAUGGUUGCCAACCAGGACCAGCUGAUCAACCCCAAGGGCUCAUUCCCUGCCCGGUAUGUCCGGCCCCUGCCCACCCCCGAGGCCACCUGCACAGCCCUGCCCCUGGACAGCAACCACUCGGCCUUCUUCCUGGUGGAUAACGGGACCCACGGGCACCCAGGGGGCCAGAACCGCUUCCGCACCCGCCUGGAGGGACACAUUGCCCAGCAGUGUGUGGGUACCAGCGGACAGGGCAGCAUCCAGAUCCCUGUGCUGGUGAUGCUCAUCGGGGGUGAUGCCUCCAUGUUCACGCGUGUGUUGGAGGCUGUCCAGGCAUCCAUCCCCUGCCUGCUGGUGGGGGGCUCUGGGGGAGUGGCUGAUUGCCUAGCCCAGGUGCUGGCUGAGACCCAGCCUGGGGAGCCCGUGCGGGCACUGGCACAGGAGAAGAUGCAAGACCGUUUCCCACCCAAUGACCUGCUACAUCUGGCUGAGCAGGUGGAGAACAUCAUGGCGCUGCGGGACCUCGUCACUGUCUACUCUGAUGAGGAGGGGGUGGACGAGUUUGAGACCAUCCUGCUUAAGGCACUGGUGAAAGCCUGCCGGCGCACUAGCGAAGCCACCCAGUACCUGGAUGAGCUGCGCCUGGCCGUGGCCUGGAACCGGGUGGACAUCGCCAGCUCCGAGCUUUUCCGAGCUGAUGUCCACUGGAAGCCCUCCCUGCUGGUAGACCCUAUGCGUGAUGCGCUGCUGGGGGACCGCCCAGAGCUGGUGCGCCUCCUGGUAGAAAACGGAUUGGACGCAAGCGAGUUCUUGACCUGGGGGCGCCUGGAGGAGCUGUACAGGGGUGCCCCUGAGACCUCGCUGCUGUGCCAGCUCCUGGAGCGGCGCCAGGGGAGCGCUGAGCCCCCACCCUCCCACUAUUUGCCCCUGGGCACGCAUCCCCAUGAUAGCCGCCUGCCCCAGGUGGCUCGCAUCCUGCGAGAGCUUCUGGGAGAUGCCUGCACUCCCUUUUACGCUGCUGCUGGGCACAAGGGGGCUGGGCAUAAAGGGGCCGUGGAGGACAGGGACCCCCUGUACUACAGCCAGCAGUCCCCAAACCCCUGGACUGACCUCUUCAUCUGGGCCUUGCUGCUGAACAGGGGCGAGAUGGCCAUGUAUUGCUGGGAGAUGGUGAGGGGUCGGUCAAGGCAACAUGGGGCCCCAGAUGCAGUGGCGGGGGCCCUGGCGGCUGCCUCCAUCCUGCGGCAGCUCUCGCACCUGGAGCAGGAGGCACAGGAAGCUGCGGCCAUGAAGGAACUGGCGGCCAAGUUUGAGGGGUUGGCGAUAGGCAUGGUGGGUGAGUGCUACCGGAGCAGCGAGCACUGGGUCCUGCAGCUCCUGGUGCGUCGUUCCUGCCUCUGGGGUGGUGCCACCUGCCUCCAGCUCGCCCGCCAGGCUGAUGCUCGUAGCUUCUUUGCCCAUGAUGCUGUGCAGGUGCUACUCACCCAGAACUGGUGGGGUGAGAUGAACCGGGGCACCCCUGUGUGGCAGCUGCUGCUCACCUUCUUCUGCCCUUUGCUCAUAUUCACCAACCUCAUCACCUUCCGCAGGUCGACGGAGGAGGAAGGGUCCCCAGAGCCCCUCGGCACUAUGGAGCUGAACAGCAUAGAUGUUAAUGAAAAAUCCUCCACGAGGGGCAGCCUGGAGGGGCCAGAUGUGGUGGGGAGCCCCGCAACCCAAUGUGAUAGUAAGGACUGGCUGCAGCGAUGGCACUGGUUCUGGGGGGCACCAGUGACCACCUUCCUGGGCAACGUGGUGAUGUACCUGUUCUUCCUGCUGCUCUUCGCCUAUGUGCUGCUGCUGGACUUUGCGCCACCCCCACCCGAAGGCCCCCACGGCCCUGAAGUCCUGCUCUACCUGUGGGUCUUCAGCCUGCUAUGUGAGGAGCUGCGCCAGGGCUGCUUUGCUGGGCACCAGCCCCUGCCCCAGCGCAUCUGUGCCUACUUGAGUGACUCCUGGAACCAGCUUGAUCUCACUGCACUGCUCCUCUUCCUCAUGGGUGCCAUAUGCCGAAUGUCCUCCUGGACAUACGAGUCUGGGCGCACGGUGCUCUGCCUCGACUUCAUGGUCUUCACCCUGCGACUCAUCCACAUCUUCGCUGUCAACAAGAACCUGGGCCCCAAACUCAUCAUCGUGGGCAAGAUGGUGAAGGAUGUCUUCCUGUUCCUCUUCUUCCUGGCUGUGUGGCUGGUAGCCUAUGGGGUGACCACGGAGGGGCUGUUGCAUCCACAUGACCAGCGCCUGCCCUGGAUCUUCCGCCGUGUCUUCUACCGCCCCUACCUGCAGAUCUUCGGCCAGAUCCCCCAGGAAGAGAUGGAUGCGGCCCUGAUGAAGGCCACCAACUGCACAGGGAGUGCGGCGGAGGACUGUGCCAGCACCUAUGCCAACUGGCUGGUGCUGGUUCUCCUUGUUGUCUUCCUCCUCGUCGCCAACAUCCUGCUGCUCAACCUUCUCAUCGCCAUGUUCAGCUACACCUUCUCUAAGGUGCAGGGCAACAGUGAUAUCUACUGGCGGUCACAGCGCUACAGCCUGAUCCUGGAGUACCUCAGUCGUCCUGCCCUGGCGCCCCCCUUCAUCCUGCUCAGCCAUUUGUACACCCUGCUGCGCCCCCGCACCCGCUGCUCCCGCAGCCGGCACUUCUCGCUGGAGCUAUCUGAGGAGCAGGAUGGGCAGCUGCUUACAUGGGAGGCGGUGCAGAAGGAGAACCACCUGGUAGCACUGAGGCGCCAGAAACGUGAGAGUGACACCGAGCGCCUGAAACGCACCUCCCAGAAGAUGGACCAGGCCUUGAAACAGCUGGCUGAGAUCCGGGAGUCAGAGCGACACCUCAAAUCCCUGGAGAACCAGAUGGAGUACUGUACGCAGGCUCUCUCCUGGGUGGUAGAUGCCCUGGCUCAGAGUGACCUAGGGAAGAAGCACCAAGACCCUCCCAUGCUCAGAAAGGAAUGACCCACUCCCCCAACUCUGCCUGGACCAGUGAGAAGAUGGGAGAAAUGAGAACCCAGGUGACCAGGCACCUGGGACCUGCUGGAAUCCAGGACAACCUCUGUAACCUCACUGUGAACCCAGGUGUCUGGGUGCUGUGCACUUUCUGAGGGGCUGGAGUUGGAACACCCCCCCCCCCCCCCCCAAUCAUUGCACUGGGAAGCCAGGAGUCCAGCUACCAGAGACUUUCCCUGUGGGGCUGGCAUCCAGGAUCCCCACCCCUGUAGACCCAGGUGACUGGGUGCCAAAGGACCUUUCAGAAGGGAGAAGCAGAGGAAGGAGGGAAGUUGGGGUAUCCUGCCCCCAGCACUGCCCUCCAUCCACUCUGGCAGGAGCCUCAGGAUCUUGAAUGACUUGAAUUCUUUGAUUAAAUAAAUAUUGAUUGUUGCA